GAUACUUGGACAUUUCCAAUCUGGCAACACUGUGCAGAACAAAACACUGCACACUUCCUGAAAACAUCAUUCAGUCUGAGCACAGUUCCAGAGUCAGAGCAAAGAGAAUAAGUUAAGUCUACUGGGAGAAGACUGCUCAUUUAGUUUAUCAUUAGAAACAGACUUUUGCAACUGAAGAAAAAAAAAUGCCUCCACCUCUUGUAAACAAGAAACCCAGGAAUGAAUCCACCGUAAAAGACAAAACAGGCACUCUCGACGACCCUUUGAAAUUCUUGGAUCAGGACUACCAGGAGCUGCGGAAGAGCUGUAUCACCAAUAAAAAGAGAUUUGUUGAUGACAAGUUCCUUCCAGACAGCAGCUCCAUUGACCCAAAGAAGAAACUUGAACUGGAUCUGGACCAAAUCAAGUGGUUGAGGCCAUCAAAAAUAGUAGCAGACCCUCAGCUUAUUGUACAGGGGGUGUCCAGGUUUGACUAUUCCCAAGGAUCUUAUUUAGGCAACUGCUGGUUUCUUGCUUCAGUUGGGGCUUUAACAUUUAAGAAGGACGUCAUGGACCAGGUCAUGCCAGCUGACCAGUCAUUUGGCAAAGAUUAUGCAGGGAUAUUUCACUUCAGGUUCUGGCGGUUUGGGAAAUGGACUGAAGUUGUCAUUGAUGACAAACUUCCAACAAUCAAUGGCGAACUCGUUUUUGUCCUUUCAAAAACAUCUAAUGAGUUUUGGCCUGCCUUACUGGAGAAAGCUUAUGCCAA